AGAUUCUCUGGCGUUCAUGGAAAACAAAAGAAACAAAAUUGUUCAUUUUAUAUUCAAUCCAAAACGCAAGUGAAUAAUCCCUCGUUUAUCUGUACGAAAAGCGUUUUAUGUCCCUUGAAGAGCUUCCGGUUUCCCCUCUCUUGCAUCCUUAAGUAACUGUCACGAGGUAAACAGUAGCAGGCUCCGCACUAUCCGCAGUAAACUCAGCGAGUAACAGUUUGAGUGAAAUCCUCCCAAAAUGGGGCACUGUAACUGUCUUAUUUUAGCGGCUUUAAUUUACGUUGCAUCGACACAAUUUAUCCCACCGUUUACAGAAGACUGUCGGGCAGAAAUGUAUCCACCAAAGGGUCCCACGUUCAAAGGAGCGGUCAGUUGGUACACAGUGGACCUCGACUUACCGCCCAGCAAGAGAUGGACAGCUCUAAUAACUGACAAAAAAGCAGAUCUGGUCAGCGUGAUCCAGGCCAUCAAAGACUUGGCUAAUGCUUUUGUUCCCAGUGGGAGGCUGAUUGAGCUGGUUGACAUUACGCUGCCUUUGAUGGUGGACACACUCCCAAACCCUUACGGUGAUGAAAUCAAAGGAAUUGCAGCAGUUUCAGGGGUUCCUCUUGGUGAAGUCGUCCUGUUCAACAUCUUCUAUGAGGUGUUCACUGUGUGCACAUCAGUUGUUGCAGAAGACGAUAAAGGUAACCUCCUCCACGGUAGAAAUCUGGAUUUUGGAUUAUUUAUGGGCUGGGAUGUGAAAAACAAGUCAUGGAUCAUUAGUGAGAAGCUGAAGCCUCUGGUGGUCAACCUCGACUUCAAGAGAAAUAAUCAGACUGUCUUCAAGUCUACAAACUUUGCUGGAUAUGUUGGCAUGCUGACUGGCAUCAAGCCUCACAUAUUUACUCUGACUAUGAAUGAGCGCUUCAGCCUUGAUGGAGGAUACAUUGGCAUCCUGGAGUGGAUCCUGGGAAAGAGAGAUGGGAUGUGGAUGAGCUUCCUCACUCGCUCAGUUCUAGAAAAUGCAAACAGCUACGAGGAAGCCAAAGCUCUCCUGGCUCAGACCAAGCUGCUGGCUCCUGCUUACUUCAUCCUCGGAGGAAACCAGACAGGCCAGGGCUGCAUCAUCACCCGAUCCAGACUGCUCAGCAUUGACAUCCUGGAGAUUGACCUGAAGCUGGGCCGGUGGUAUGUCCUGGAGACAAACUACGAUCACUGGAAGGAGCCUUUGUUCCUGGAUGAUCGCAGAACUCCCGCCAUGAAGUGCAUGAACCAGACCUUGCAGAAGAACAUCUCACUGAAGACCAUGUAUGAUGUCCUCUCAACUAAGCCAGUGCUAAACAAGUUGACUACAUACACCACACUGAUGCAAGUGUCUGAGGGAAAGCUGGAGUCGUAUAUCCGCGACUGUCCAAACCCCUGCAUGCCCUGGUAACACUCCAGCCACUGCACUGUGCCAGACAGGAUCAGCUGAUCUUGGGACAGUUACAGUUCCUUUAACACCAUUUGCACAGCUAUCAAAUGAACCAAAGUUUGUCUUUUCCCGAUGAUUCAGGAAUACUUAAAGCUUUACUGAAAAGACUAAAUCUUACUCUUUUUUUUUCCUGUAACGAGAGAAAUUAAUACAAAAGUAAAUCAAACUUGUAAAUGUUUUCCCUCCUGUUUUAAUGUCAUUUUGUUAUUUGCCAGAUGAGUCGUCAGUGGAUUUCACACUCACCAUGUUGUGCCUCCACACUGUGGCCCUAAAACCUAACAGUUACUGUCUCACCACAUGAACACUGAACUCUCCACAGACUGAUCCUGACAAAUGUACCUCAGAUUAACUUUUGUUUAUAUUUAAAAAUAAUUAAUAAAAUGAUUUCAAAAUGUAAUGUUCUACUUGCAUUUGUGAUGUAAUUGUAACCAUGUGAGCUGAAUAAAUUGUGAAGAUUUCUCA